CUUAUCACCUUCAAUUCUCUCAUAUAUACCCACAAAGACGCCAUAAUGCCGGGCGAAGUCACAGAGAACGGCGUUCCGUUCCCCGUUUCAACCAAGUUGGACAACCUGACCCUGAACGAGCGUUCUGCUGCUCCGUCUCCCACUUCGGACAAGGUGGACGGCCAGGAGCGAUCAACAGUCGACUAUGGCAUUCCUGACGCCUUCCUGCUUCCCAAUGGAACACCAGACUAUCUCCGGUUGAUCCUGACGUCCCGUGUCUACGACAUUAUCGAGGAGACCCCGCUUCACCAUGCGGUCAACAUCAGCAAUCGCUUGGAGUGCCGUGUGCUCCUGAAGAGAGAGGAUCUUCUCCCCGUGUUCAGUUUCAAGCUUCGUGGAGCCUACAACAAGAUGGCGCACUUGACCCACGAACAACGGUGGAAGGGAGUCAUUGCGUGCUCAGCAGGAAACCAUGCGCAGGGCGUUGCUUACUCCGCUCGGAAAUUGAAGAUCCCCGCGACUAUUGUUAUGCCAUCGGGCACCCCCGCUAUCAAGCAUCUGAAUGUCGCCCGCCUGGGUGGUAGCGUGGUCCUGCACGGAGACGACUUCGACGCAGCUAAGCAAGAAGCGUACCGGUUGCAGGAGCAACACGGAUUGACCAUGAUCCCCCCCUUCGAUGACCCCUACGUGAUCGCUGGACAAGGAACCAUUGGCAUGGAGAUAUUGCGCCAGGCCAAUCUGCAGAAGCUGGAGGCUGUCUUUUGUGCCGUCGGUGGAGGAGGUCUGAUUGCUGGCAUUGGCGUCUACCUUAAGCGCAUUGCACCGCACGUGAAGAUCAUUGGCGUUGAGGCCCAGGAUGCCAAUGCCAUGGCUCAGUCUCUCGACUCGGGUUCUAGAGUGUUCCUGAAGGACGUGGGACUGUUCGCAGACGGUGCUGCUGUCAAGUCUGUCGGAGAGGAGAACUACCGGCUUGCGCGUGAAGUCAUCGAUGAGGUCGUUCAGGUCACAACCGAUGAGACCUGCGCCGCCAUCAAGGAUGCGUUCGAGGACACGCGGUCUAUCAUUGAACCGGCGGGUGCUCUGGCUCUGGCCGGUCUCAAGAAGUACGCCGCAAACAACCCCAGCCCAGACACGAGCAGGGAGCUGUGCGCUAUCGCCUCCGGAGCAAACAUGGAUUUCGACCGCCUGCGCUUUGUUGCAGAGCGUGCGGCUCUGGGAGAGCGGAAGGAAGCGCUCCUGAGCGUCAGGAUUCCCGAGAAGCCGGGCGCUUUUGCGAAGCUCGUUGAGGUUGUUCUUCCUCAUGCGGUCACAGCGUUCAGCUACCGCUACGCCCGUGAAUCGUCAGCCGAUGUUCUGAUGGGCAUCUCCUUGUCCGCCGCUACUGGCCGGGAUGAUUUGGCCAAAAUCAUCAGCCAAUUGGUACGAGGUGGCAUGGAUACGAAGGAUCUCAGUGAUGACGAGCUGGCGAAGAGGCACUUGCGCUUCCUGGUUGGUGGUCGCAGCGAGGUCGCGGAUGAACGGUUGUUCAUGUUCGAGUUCCCCGAACGCCCUGGUGCUCUAGCCAAGUUCUUGACGACCCUUCGUCCCAACCAGAACAUCUCUCUGUUCCACUACCGUAACUACGGUGGUGAUGUUGGCAAGGUACUUGCGGGUAUCCAAUGCCCCGAGAACGAGAAGGCGGAGCUGGAGGCUUUCCUCAGCGACCUGGCUUAUCCUUUCACUGAACAUACCGAUUCCCCUACUUACAAGACCUUCUUGCGGUAGAGGAAUUCCGGUACUGUAUUUGCUUUUCUCUGAUCAUAUUAGAAUUCUAGAAAACACAGUGUGGGCCGUUGAUGGAUUUUGUUUGAAAUGUUAUGGCGUUCUAUUGGGCAUGUGGAAGAUAGACCGAUCUGUGUACCUAAGUUUGGGGCUUUUCUUCGUAUAUACUUUAAUGAAACAUGAUACUC